AUGGGCAAGCGAGGAGGAUUUACUGUAACUGCAGGGGAAGAAGAUAUAGAAGGUGUAGUAGAUGUAGAGUCUGACGUUGAUGCUUCAUCAAACAGUACAGAGAAGAAUUCCAGACCUGGUCUCAAGAGAAAACUAAAGACCCAUACGAUUGAAACAAAGUUUCAAGCCAUCGCCGAUGUUGAAAAAGGAAGAGAGAGUAAAGCAGCCAUUGCGAAGAAGUAUGAAAUCCCCCCCAACACCUUAUCAACUUGGAUCAAGAAUGCCGAGAAGAUUAAAGAGGCCUACGAACACAGCGCAUUGGGACCACAGAGAAAGAAGAUGAGAACGGCGACCUUCAAAGACACAGACCAAGCAGUUCUACAAUGGUUCAAGACAGCCAGAGACCAGAAUGUUCCAGUGUCUGGGCCCCUUCUCAUCUCUAAAGCACAGGAGUUCGCUUCUCAGCUUGGCGAUGAGUUCAAGUGUACCACUGGGUGGCUCGAGCGCUUCAAAGAGCGCCAUAACAUCACCUUUAAACGUGUGUGUGGCGAAUCAAAGGCCGUAAAUGAGGGUACUGAUCAAAUGACAGAGUGGUCUUCCACUCUUCAGACCCUCUUAAGCGAAUACAGUCACAGUGACAUCUUCAAUGCCGAUGAAACUGGAUUGUUUUUUCGCCUACUCCCCGACAAAACUCUCAAGUUUAAAGGGGUAGAUUGCCGUGGUGGCUAG